AUGGCCGACACCACGAAUCGUGUUGAGCUUUUAUCCGAAUUGGAACAAUUGAGAGCUAAGCUGUCGCAGGUGGUGGAAGACGUUCGAGGGAAGAAGGUCUCACUACAGGUCGAGCCGGUCGUCACGAAAUCUGCAGGAGCAGGUCUCCAUACAAUCACAGUUGCUCACAAUCGUGGAUCCAAGCGAGAGCAUGCGACGAUCUGCAUCGAUGACGAUGAUGAUGAGGUCUCGAUCAUCAAUAAAGUCCCGUUUGCCAUCAAGCGAGGCAUGAUUCAGACGGCCGAUGGACUGCACUCUCCGGCAUCCGAGCCUGCAAAGAUCGAGCCGUAUGGCUCAACGGCUGCGAUGAGCGACAUCACCGACACGCAGCCCGCCAUAGCAGCAGACAGCACUGCGAAUGAUCAGCGCGCCUCGUUGCCAAAUACCAACAAUACCAACCGAUGGUUGGAACAGCACGCCCCCCAUAUCAUUCUCGACGCUGCGAAACCCAGGGGGUACAUUGAGCUGCGGUGCAGCAUCUGCAACACGAACACCAGUAGCAAAUGGGUGUUCAUCAAAGGCAUCCGUGACUUCCGUUACCACAUGACCACUAAUCAUCAUGAUGUUUACGGACCGCAUCGGUCAUGGAGUGACAGCGCAGUCGUGGAAGAAACACGGUAUCGCGAGUUGACCCAAGGGGAGGUUGAUGACGUGGUAGCUGGGAAAGCUGGGGCGCGAUCAUUGAAGCAGGUCCGAGGGUCAUGUGACGCUACGAGUGGGAUUCUGCGUUGUACUAGUGUGCAUGGAGCUUAA